CAGAAGAAGCGCAAACCCACUGAGGAACUCCAGCAAGACUUCACGCAUAAAAGCUUCAGGAUUUACGCACACGAGACUCACGACCGCACCAGCUCCUUUCUCACACAUAAAUUAUGGGACGUGCAACUAACACUAGUUGACAAGGGGACACUUGGAUAGAGAGCGCGCGCAAAGCAUGGCUUGGAUACGCACAUGUUUUUUCCUGUCUUGUGUUGGACAGGUGUUUGCAAAUCCGCCAACCGAGACGAGGAUAUAUUUGGAUAACAUUACGCGCAUUUUGGACAGAUUAUUGGAUGGAUAUGACAACAGACUCCGACCUGGAUUUGGAGGUCCUGUCACAGAGGUUAAAACAGACAUCUUUGUCACCAGCUUUGGUCCUGUUUCUGAUGUGGAAAUGGAAUACACAAUGGAUGUGUUUUUUCGGCAAACGUGGAUAGACGACCGGCUGAAAUUUGAGGGCCCCAUCGAGAUCCUGCGUCUCAACAACCUAAUGGUCAGCAAGAUCUGGACACCGGACACUUUCUUCCGAAAUGGCAAACGUUCUAUUUCGCACAACAUGACCACUCCCAACAAGCUGUUCCGCAUCAUGCAGAACGGAACUAUUCUGUACACCAUGAGGUUAACCAUCAAUGCUGAGUGUCCCAUGCGGCUGAUAAAUUUUCCAAUGGAUGGACAUUCAUGUCCUUUGAAAUUUGGCAGCUAUGCCUACCCAAUGAGUGAGAUUGUUUACACAUGGAAGAAAGGGCCGUUAUUUUCCGUAGAGGUUCCUCAGGAGAGUUCCAGCCUGCUACAGUAUGAUCUCAUUGGACAGACAGUGUCUAGUGAGAGGCUGAAGUCAAACACAGGUGAAUACAUAGUCAUGACGGUGUACUUCCACCUGCAGAGGAAAAUGGGUUUCUUCUUGAUCCAGACAUACAUCCCGUGCAUUAUGACAGUGAUCCUAGCACAGGUCUCCUUCUGGAUCGACAAGGAGUCAGUACCAGCCAGAACUGUGUUUGGUAUCACCACAGUACUAACCAUGACCACGCUGAGCAUUAGCGCUCGUCACUCGUUACCCAAGGUCUCUUAUGCCACCGCCAUGGACUGGUUCAUCGCCGUCUGCUUCGCGUUCGUCUUCUCAGCCCUUAUCGAGUUCGCUGCUGUCAACUAUUUCUCCACCUUACAGGCCAAUAAGGAACUUCGGCGGGCCAACAUGGCCAGUGCUGCGGCCAGAAGUGAUGGAGAAGUUGUUACGAAUCCUCUGGACCCUGGAGGUGUGCUGAAGAAAAGGCUGAACUCUCUCUCUCAAAGAGAUGCUCCUGACAGGUUCUCCAGACCACCACAGCCUGAUCUCCAUCAGCAAGGCUCCACUGUCCCUGCCAACAACAUGCUGAUAGGAACUAGUAUUAUUGACAAGUACUCUCGCAUCCUUUUUCCUCUGUCCUUCGGGGCCUUCAACCUGGUCUACUGGAUUGUCUAUCUCACCAAAGACACUAUGGAGUCCAGGGAAGUGUGAGCCAUGUUAGAAAUCACAGAGAAAGGGGGCUGAAGACAUGGCCAUCUAAUAAACUGGCGAAUGCAUAAAUGGAUGGAUGGAUGGAUGAGAGACACAUUCAGGGUCUGCUGCUGAAGAUGUAACUGUGAUUGUGCUGAGAGGGGACAAUGUUGACUCUUCUUCACCUUUGCCCCCUCCCUCUCUUUCAGCCCGAUAGCAUGUAUUGACCUCUCAUCGCUCUCUGGCAUGAAACUCUCCGACUGCAGAAUGAUUUUCCUCAUCCCUAAAGAGAGUCAAGGUGCAAUGGCACUUGUGACACUCUUGUUUUGACACUGUCACACAAUUACACACUCAACAUCCUCCCUUCACACAACCAUCACGAAAAAAAUAAAACAACUCUGCAGACACUCACAAUAACGUGCAGAUAAGACUUUCCGGCAAUUGCAAGCCUUACAGCAGCCAUAGGGGCUUUCACACUGGAGGAACCUUUUCAUAGUUCCUAUUGGUGGAAGUAGUGUUGUCAAAAGUACUGACCGCGAUACCAUUCGGAAGCCAAUCGCAGAUGUAUCUGUUGAGCACGUGAACACAAUGACCAAUCAGCGCUGUUUAAGAAUCCGCUCAACAGUGCUCAAAUCUUAGCAGGAAAUGGACGUUUUUAAAAUUUCAGUACCGAAUGGUAUCGCGGUCGGUACUUUUGACAACACUAGGUGGAAGUUCCCGCUUUUUGGCAUGUUCGCACCGCAGGAACUAGGAAAAUAUAUUAACUCUGUUUGGAGGAACUAAAUUAGCUCCUACUUUAGAGUAGGGUCUAAAACAGCUCUAUAGGAACUAUCAGUGACAUAAGUGUACGCUGAUUGGCCAAACACAUACGAGACAUCGGCUACCUGGCAUUUUUAAAAAGCCAUGUAAAAAUAUUUACUCCGCGAACAUGUAAAACAGCAAUAACGCCAUUUACCUGUUGUCUGCAGCGUUGUGUUCUUUUCUCAGUCUCAAUGAUAUGUAACACUGCAAGUUGUCAAAGGAGAUUUAGUCAGAUUGUAAUGCUCUUUCAAUCGCAUAAGUUGUGCGUUUACAUUCCAUCUCCGUUAUAACGAAACCCAUGAUACACAACAAAAACAGCUCCGAUCACGCCGUCCUCCAUUCACCGGUUGUUGAUGUUUGUAAAUGCCACGUAUAAAGACGUCACAAUCGGCCGCUUCAAAGUUCCCACUGCCGCUGCGAAUGCAACCAGAAAAACGGCCCGAUGGAGAAAUUGGUUCUCUAAGAAAUAUAAUGCUGGCUAGUUCCUAUAACUGAGUUCCUAGAACUACGCGGUGCAAAAGCCCCUCAUGUUACUUUAACCCUGAAAAGAAGCACCAAGCAAUGCAAAACUGAAUUAAGGCCAGUCUUUUCUAUAACAGCUUGAGUUCAUUUUUGAAGGCUGUCAUACAGGUGUUGUGGGACAGUGUAACAUUCUACAAGAAAUGUUUUGUAUCUGUUGGUUAAGAACUCACUGACAAUUGUUUGAAUUGAUGCAUUAUUAUCAAUGAAACAUAAUGAAGGAUGCAUUUUUAAAAUUAUUAUUAGUAUUUUUCAUAGGUUACACCUGGUCUUGUAAAUGGCUCAUAUUAUUUGGCCCUUGUGACUCUGCAGACAAUCAUUAAACAUAAAGUUUUGGCCAAACCAUUACAGAUCCGCCAAUGUGCUGAGACAUGCAUGAUGGUUAAGAGGUACACAAUAGAUUUCAUUUUCCAAUAUGGUACUUUUUGGAAUAUAGCAAGUACUCAGGCAGGUGUCCAUUUUGUCCAUCUGUGCCUAGGGGAAUUUUCAUUUGCACUAUAUUUUAAAGUACAUGCACUUAGUGUACAAUUUACUUACACAACAAAGUACUGAAUAAAAUAAGGUGACUACAAGUUUAGGUUUAGUUUACAGUUAGUACCUAGCUAUUACAUAGUUAUUACCAGGGCUUGACAUUAACACCCGCCAACUUGCCAAAUGCGGGUGGAUUUCAGCUGUGGCAGGUAACACGGUCACUAUUACUAGCCACUUUGGCGGGUUGAAUUUUAAAUACGGUAACAGAGCUCGACGUUAAUGCUUGUCCAGGACAAGUGGAUUUUUUGAAGGGGCAAGUGAAAGAGAAUUUUACUAUGACUGCAAAUUUGACAUUGACUUUAUGCAAGAGUUCAAACAAGUAUUUGAUAUUAGGUGACUUACAUUUUAGACACAGUCAAUGCUGACUGUUAGUGCUCGAUUUAAUGAAAAUAGUCCCAAAGAUCACUUCAUUAGUCGCACAUGUCUGAGCAACACGCACAGUGUUUCGUUACCAAAUGAUUCAGUGUAUCGAACGAAUCAAUGAUUCAGUAACCCAUUCAUAAAGACAGGCACUUGGUUCAUUCUUGAAUGAAUCAGCAGUCUGAACGAAUCGUUUGAAUGAAUGACUCAAUGACUCACUCGAUAAGACAGUCACUUGCUGCCACCUACUGGCGGUUUACUUCCAUAUUUAAAAGUAUUUCAUAUUUGUAUAUUUAAAAAAAAACAAAAAACAUUUAAUUUAAAAUAGUAAUUUAAUACAUCACAUUACUUCUGCAGUUGUAAUUUUGCAGUGUAAAUGCAUACAUGGCAUUCACGGCAUGCUACAUUUGAGCUUCAUUACAUUUGUCUGUGUAAAAAUGCAUCUAAAUGCCACUUCAGCUGCUUCACUUUAUUCUUCAGUGGAAAGAUCUCUUUUGUUGAUUAUGAUUUCAUUUGAUUGGUAACAGUCCUAUAGUGUCUCAUUAUAUUAACUGUAAUUAUUAUUCAAAUUUAACUAUUUGAUAUGAAAGAUUAUGCAUACAUUUAAAAAGACUGCCUUUUAUAUAGGCACAAAUGACCUGGAAAUCAAUUUAAGUAAAUUUUAGUAUGCAGUCAUGAACUUCAAUCAUAUAAAAUGUAAUUUCCCAGCAACAAAAUUAUGGCCGGUGAAAAUACUGAGAGGCUAGUAAUUUUGGAAAACCACUAGCCACAGUGGCUGGUGAGCAAAAAACUUCAUGUCAAGCCCUGGUUAUUACAAUUACUAUAAUAAUUGGGUUAUACUUUAUUUAAGGUGUCCUUGUUACAGUGUAAUUGUACAUUUAAGUACUGAGGAAUAUUAAUUAACUACAUGUACUUACUAUACGGUUAGGAUUAGGGUUUGACUUAGGGUUACUUGCAUGUAAUUAUGCAUAAUGUAUUGUUAUUAUAAUAGUAUGUGUAUGUACAUGCAUAACAGGACUGUAAAAUAAAUUGCUGGAUUUUCCUCUAGGCACAUUGAAUAUUUUUGCACCUGCAAUUUGUUUAGCCUUCUUUACGGCUAUCUCGAUUGUUUACAAAUCCUGCUAAUUGACAGUCAACCUAAUGUGACUUAUCUUUGCACGCAGAUAUUUAUAGUUGAAGUUUAUUUUCAGAGCUAAGACAUUUUAUUUAUUGUGGCGUUUCCAUUAUUUGGUCCACUUCCUCUACACAACUGCAAACAGUUCUAGUCUUUCCAGACACUCGAGUCCACCUGGGGCAAAGAAUGCGUGCUAUCUUCAGACAGUAGCUGUUUUCUUGAAUCAUUUUGUCCCGCUCUUUUCGCUUCAUUGAACUGAUGGGGGUCUUUCAGGAGAGAGUUAUUUUAGAACUCUCUCCCGUUUUGGACAAAGGCAGUCCUCCUGGGGAAAACUAUGAGUAUAUACAGUAUGCAUUGACUUAUUUACACACAGACACACUCUCACUCCUACAGAUAUGCCCGUUUCAAGAGUGCAUCAGCAGAUUCAGCACUACUGUGCUUUUUGCCAUUGAUAAAUUGUUCUUCUUAUAUAAGGUGCUAUUGAAGAUGAUUUAUUUGUUGGGCUCCAUCAAAGCAUAUUAUAAAAUGUAUAUUUAAAUACUUCACCAUCCAAGCCUCCUCUGGCAGAAACCUUCCUGGCAAAAGUCCACGUACCUGCUGUGAAACGAGUUUAUUUAUUUAUGUUGUUUUAUCUCAUUUUGAUUUUUAUUUAUAAAUGGGCUUGAAAUGAUGUUCAGUUCUCAGCUUAUUAUCAGGUGUAUUGACUGCCUUCUUUGCAUUUUAAUACUCAAGUAUAUUAUCACUUAAUAAUAAACUUCUUAAUAAGAGCCAGCUUAAUCCAGUUCACAAACAAUUAUGAAAUUUCCAGUUUAGACAAAUCAAUGCAAAUAUAUGGAGGCUCAUUAUCUGGGGGUAACUGGAUCCUGCGACGAUGGGGAUCCACCCAUGAAAAUUGUCCCCGGCCAAAUGCAUGCAAUUUAAUAUGCUGUACGUACAUGUGUAACUAUGAGUUAUUUAUUUUCUGCAUAUGCAUACUGUUUGAUUGUUUUCUGUUUUGUUUUUCUGGACUGCAUGGCCUCUCAUGCACACAUACUGUACAAUGAUUGACAGGUUCUCUGUCUCUGUCUGCUAAUCUUUGACUUUAUGCAGAGUUCCAUCAGAAAAGCGUGUGUGUGUGUAAGAGAGCGAGAGAGAGAGAUGAAUUGCUAAAGCAAUCAUUGCUGAGCUUUGAGCCUGUCACCAUAAAGCAAAUGCAGAGAUGAGAUAACAUGUUAAAAGCAAAAUGUUAUAUAUAUAUACACUAAUGUCUCCAUAACAUAUAAUGACACUGUCUUCAUACGAUGUUUGACUUUCAUGUCAGUUAUUAUUGCUUUGUAUCCUCUUUUGUGCCAAGAGUUUUAUUUUAACGUCAGUGUUUCUUUUGUCAUUUCAUAUAUAUUUUUUCAAUUGUUUCACCUUUUCUGAGCAUUAUUGUG